AUGUCUUCGACGAGGAGACACUCGGUGUUCAGACCAUGUAUCGACUUGCAUAAUGGGCUCGUAAAGCAAAUUGUCGGUGGAACGCUCUCUGAUGUAACGCCAUCCGAGCUCAAGACAAAUUUCGUGUCGAGUAAGACUGCUGGGGAGUUUGCGAGACUGUAUAAGGAGCAUAAUCUUCGUGGAGGGCAUGUCAUCAAGCUCGGGCCCGGAAAUGAUGCUGCUGCCGAAGAGGCACUUACGGAGUGGAACAAUGGACUUCAUAUCGGAGGAGGCAUCACGCAGGACAACUGUCAGCAAUGGAUAGAUGCUGGAGCAGAAAAGGUCAUCGUCACCUCGUAUCUAUUUCCCUCUGGCCAAUUCUCCCUCGAAAGACUGCAAGGGAUAUCCGCGGCAGUAGGCAAGGAAAGGUUGGUCGUGGAUGUCAGCUGCCGCCGAAGGAACGACAAAUGGAUUAUCGCGAUGAACAAGUGGCAAGAUAUGACUGACAUGGAGAAUCUCUUGACCUACUCGCCGAAUACUGCAGAUAUCAGCGACCUUGACCUCGUCGACCGUCUGUCUCAAGGCAGGGUUGACCUCACGUUUGGAAGUGCGCUCGACAUAUUCGGAGGAUCGCUCGUACGCUUUGAUGACCUCGUCGAGUAUAAUCGAAAGUACCAAAGUCUGUAA